AUGGACGAAACGAUACACACCCUGAUCACAUCCCUAGGGUCUAUCAAAGACCCAUCGACCCGCACAGCAACAGACGCAUUCGAGAUCCGGACGUCGCACUUUGGGAACCUGGUCACUCUCACGCAAGAGUCACGUAACGCGUUUGUGGCUCUUACCUACUUGUUGCCUCAUUUCGACGAUGCGCUGGGUCUGUUGGAUUCCGCCGAGUUCAAGAAACUGAGCGAUACGCGCUGGGAGGUGAAGAUGCCACGCGAGGAGUUUCGUCUAGUCGAUAUCCAUGCCAUGUUCUGCACUUGUCACGACUACGCUGUUGCCUGCUACGGAGACGAUGCGCAGAAACAAAUCGCAUACUUUCCACGCCAUCAACCGUUUGACGAAUACGCUGGAGUGCAGGGGAUAUGUAAGCAUUUGGUGGCGGUUUACAUUAGGAAGUACUCGGGUUUGUUUCCGUCGUAG